AGUGGAUUGGGACAUCUGCUCGAUAGGGGGAUGUCACUUGCAAACACAGACCUGGCAACCUUAGUAACAUUUGCAACUUGAGCUGUAGUGGUGAUGAAACAGCUUAUCACAACCAGCACUGACACGACUUGGUGCUAAUCAUUUAACGUUAGCUCUUGAUGUAGCUAACCCUACGGAUGGAAACCCAGAAACAGGUGACAGCAAGUUGACCAGCGAUGCCAUGCAGGUAAAAGCUGCGUGACUGAAGCCGCAGAAAUGAGCGAUAGAGCCGAGAUGAGAGGGCCCGUAUCCCGCAGGAGGAGGACGACCAUCUCCGACGGAGGUGGCAGCGGAGCGGUGAAACAAGCCAACGGGAGCAAGUGUCACGAUGCCGGAGAGAAACCACCGCAGUAUUCCGCUAAAGCCAAAAGAGACGAGGUGCCUAGGCAUGUGAGUAACAACGGGAACGGGAAGGUGGAUAGAGAGAUGGGGAUGUCAGCACAGCAGCAACAGCUCGCAAACCGAACGAGAAAACAGAGGAGUCUGGUGGAAGAUAUUAACGAGAAACUCAGCUGUCACGUCCUCCAAGAGUCUCUCUUGAGUUCAGCCAGUGGCUACAGCAACUACAGAGGAAUUCUCAACUGGUGUGUUGUCAUGUUGGUGCUAAGUAAUGCACGCCUCUUCUUAGAAAACAUUAUAAAGUAUGGUAUCUUGGUGGACCCUAUCCAAGUAGUGUCGCUCUUCUUGAAGGACCCGUAUAGCUGGCCGGCAGCUUGCCUCAUUAUUGUGUCAAAUGUGUUCAUCUUAGCAGCCUUGUACACAGAAAGGCGUCUGGCUGUGGGUACCAUUACCCAAAUGACAGGACUGAUUAUUCACAUUUUUAACCUGACGUCCAUGUUGAUCUUCCCUUCAGCCACUGUACUCAUUGUGACCUCCAUUACCCCAGUGGGUGGUGUGCUUUCCCUAGGAAUCUACACAGUGCUAUUUCUCAAGCUGUACUCGUACCAAGACACCAAUAGGUGGUGUCGAGAACUCCGACAAGCGAAAGCCAAGAGACUAACGCGGUCAUACUCAUGUCCAUCUGUGGCGCAAUCCAAUGGUUCAGCAGUUCACACUCAUGUCUUCUACCCAGGCAACCUCACCCACAGAGACAUGUACUACUUUGUCUUUGCCCCAACUCUCUGCUACCAGCUCAACUUUCCACGGUCACCUCGAAUACGCAUAAGGUUCCUGAUGAGAAGACUUUUUGAAAUGCUUUUCUUCAUGCAGCUGUUGGUGGGACUGAUACAGCAGUGGAUGGUUCCCACCAUACAGAACUCAAUGAAACCAUUCCAGGAAAUGGACUUUUCUAGGAUGGUGGAGCGCCUCCUAAAGUUAGCUGUCCCUAACCAUCUGAUAUGGUUAAUAUUCUUCUAUUGGUUUUUCCACUCUUCUAUGAACUUUGUGGCAGAGCUGUUGCAGUUUGGAGACAGAGAGUUCUACAAAGACUGGUGGAACUCUGAGACUGUCACAUAUUUCUGGGCCAAUUGGAAUAUCCCAGUCCACAAGUGGUGUCUGAGACACUUCUAUAAGCCAAUGUUGAAGAAGGGGGUCAACAAGUUUCUGGCUCAAACCGCCGUCUUCAUGAUGUCUGCCUUCUUCCACGAGUACCUGGUGAGUGUUCCUCUGAAGAUGUUCCGACUGUGGGCCUUUAUGGGAAUGAUGGCUCAGGUUCCUCUGGCUUGGUUUGUGGGUCGUUUCCUGAAUGGAAACUAUGGCAACGCCGCUGUGUGGAUGUCACUCAUCAUUGGCCAGCCUGUUGCUGUGUUGAUGUACGUCCAUGACUACUAUGUCAUUCAUUAUGGGAGCACUACGUAGUACUAGACAAACUCACACAUUCCCAGUCACACACAAACAUGUACAAGUCAUGGUGGACACACACACACCAACCUGCAGGACAACUAAAGGGAGUUUAACAGAAAGCCCUGUUAAUAUGAACUUGUCAGUGAAAACAGCAACAGGAGGAAUUUGACUUGUUGAUUUUUGCACUAAAGAGAAAUUAACCAUAGUAUUGUCAGGAAAUGAUUGUAACAUGAGAAGUGCUUGCUAUAAAGCGGUAUUCCACUUUAAUAGGACAAACAAACCUUGGCAAUCAGCCUCCUGUAUCCGCAAUCCUCGGGAUUCACCGUCACCACACACUCUUAAAAUUGGUUUCUAGCACUAAACACUUCAACGUCAAACAAAUGAUCCUGGAGCCAAAGUGAACUAGCAUUUGGAUGUAUGUUGGAAUUGAUCCCUCACUGUUAGAUUUGUUUGGAGUAUGAUUUUAUCUUGAGCAGAUUAAGCUAAACAAAAGUAAAUGUGUGGUGCUAAGGUUUCCCCAAGUGGUCAAUAUUGGUGGUUGAGUCAGGAGCUCAAAGGUUAGGUACAAUUUCCUCAACUUUAAAAGCAAUUUACUAAUUUUAAAUUGGAAACACUGCAUGUAACCAACCACUUCUCAAGGUCUGGGAAAUGGGCACACUUUUGUGUGCAACAAAUGAAAUGAAAGAACCUGCCGACGGAGGAAAAGCCAAGGAUCCUGCCUCCAAUGAGCUGAUGUGAAAAAACAUUUUUUUUUCAUGUAUCCAAAGACAACAAAGAAAUGGGGAAGCCAGAUAAACUUUGUUUUACAGAGUUAAGGCUGAUGUCUCCAGGUCUUCAAAUUGACAACAGUGAGUUUUUUUUUACGUACAUUCUACAUUAGAUUCCCUCUUUUUGAUGCAGCGCAGUUCUUGAGUAUUAAAUAAAUUUAUAAUAAAAGGAUUUGUAAACAAAAAUGGUUAAAAACAGGAAACUGCAAGAAAAGAAGCUGAAAAGUUUGUGCCCUUAUUUGUAGUCGUGGACCUCCAGGCAGCCUCUCAUCUUCUCUCUCAACUCCAAACAUCAUCAAUGCAAGCUCCAAGUGUAACAGGACAUGCUUACAUGCGCGUUAUUUGUCUGUUAUUUGCUUUAGUGUCUUUUUGUGUUCUGAUUUGACUUACUAGAUGGUUUACUUUGUUUGCAGUUUUGCCGUGCCAAAUUAUAAUUUGUUUUAUUUUUAUAUCAAUGAUUUAAUGCAGUGGUUGAUUUACUGAUUUGAACCAAUGAAUGUUUGCACUUUAAAGAGAUGCAUGCUGUUGACUAAAGCAAUAGAGUUCCAUUAAUGUAUUUAAGUUAUAUCAAUUGUGUAAGGAAAAUAUGAUAGUUAAAAUAAUUUGUAUGUUUUGUAAUUACCUUGUGGACAUUGUGUUGUUGUAUAAGAUUAGCUCAAUGUCCGUUUGAUUCAAAGCAGCUGCGUUGGCAAUGAGUUUUAAACAACCUUUUCAUGCCACAGGUUAUUUCCGUAUAUAAAUUCUAGAGCCGAUUUCUUGGUUUGACUUGAUUUAAAAGACACUAUAAUGAUUAUUGCCAUAUAAGAAGUUGCUGUCUGUUAUUUUACUUUGUAUGUGUUAAUCUGUUUUACAAAUACAGUGACAGUUGACUGAUCAUGAUGAACUAGAGCCUUUUCAUUCCUAAUUAGUCACAUUUCAGGGAAAAUGUUGGUAAAGAAUAACACCAGUUGUCAAAAGGACUGGGUUGGCAUUCCUUAUUGAAAUUUACAAGUGCCUGCUGGAAAAAUAAUUUUAAACUCAGAAUGUAAAACAA